CAUUGAUGAAAACAAUUACAUGAAAAUACACCAGAAUAGAAUAGAGGACGUGAAAUUGUAAUAUGAGGUUUGCAAGACCUAGUAACAAUAACUAAAGUCCGGGAACUUCCUAUGGAAUAUUGGGCGCGGCCAUGCUCAUGAAACAUAAUUAGCUUGCAUUACACUUGCACUAGCGCUUUAAAUCACGAAUGCGUUUUCAUAGCGAGCUGUUGCGAGGGGGAUAUGAUCGUGAACGAGCCCGCAGUCAGGCUGGCUGAUACCGUUAGUCACGUCAGGGAUCUGCAGCGAUAGAGAGAGAGAGAGAGAUGCUGAGGUGACAGGGGGAGAGAAGGAGAAAAGGGACAAUUAAAUCAAACUCAUUAUGUCACUGCUGAAUUCACAUGUCUGUAUGUAAACCUCAGCUGCAGAAUCAACGCCGCAUGCAUAACGCGCCCGCUAUGGAAUUCCACCCAAUGUCUCCACAUUCCAUCAAGACAAACACAGAGGAUUUUCUGUAACCACACCCGGCUCCUUUCGGAUCAAGGAUUGGAGCGGUCAAGGUCUCUACAGGGACCUGAUGCCCGGCCCAAUCUAAUACGGCUGGUGGUAGUUAGCAGGAGUGGUAGCAGAGGAAGAACCACAGUGAGCAGCAGUCCACCGCAGGCGGGAUGAGUGCUGCAGCGACGGACCAAGCUGACAUCCUCACUGUGCUUGUCCUGGUCAAGGAACGAUGGAAAGUGACAAAGAAAAUUGGCGGCGGUGGCUUUGGGGAGAUCUACGAGGCGUUGGACCUGCUGACCAGGGUCAGUGUUGCUCUGAAGGUGGAGUCAGCACAGCAGCCUAAACAGGUCCUCAAGAUGGAGGUGGCUGUCCUCAAGAAACUCCAGGGUAAAGACCACGUGUGUCGCUUUGUUGGAUGCGGCCGCAAUGACCGCUUCAACUAUGUGGUGAUGGAGCUUCAGGGGCGUAACCUGGCAGAGCUGAGGCGCAGUAUGACGCGGGGCACGUUUACAGUCAGCACCACCCUGAGACUGGGACGACAGACACUAGAAGCUAUAGAGAGCAUCCACUCUGUUGGCUUCCUGCACAGAGACAUCAAACCGUCCAACUUUGCCAUGGGCCGGUUCCCCAGUACCUGUAGGACCUGCUACAUGCUGGACUUUGGUCUGGCACGCCAGUUCACUAACUCCUGCCAAGAGGUCCGACCGCCUCGGCCAGUAGCAGGGUUCAGAGGCACAGUCCGCUAUGCGUCCGUCAACGCACACAAGAACAAGGAGAUGGGUCGGCAUGACGACCUGUGGUCCCUCUUCUACAUGCUGGUGGAGUUCAUGGUUGGACAGUUGCCAUGGAGAAAGAUCAAAGACAAGGAGCAUGUAGGGAAGCUGAAGGACACCUAUGACCACAGGCUCAUGCUGAAACACUUGCCUGCUGAGUUCACUGUCUUCCUGGAUCACAUCUCUAACCUGGACUACUUCACCAAACCAGACUAUCAGCUGCUGUUGUCAGUGUUUGACAACAGUAUGAAGACGUACAACGUGGUGGAGAAUGACCCGUAUGACUGGGAGAGGACUGGGUCUGAUGGUUCUCUGAGCAUCAACGCUACAGCCACCACACCACAGCACCACACACGCCUCACCCCAGCACACAUGGGCAUGGCCAAUGCAUCCCUGAUCCCUGGGGACCUGGCGAGGGAGAACACAGACGAUGUUCUGCAGGACGAGCAGCUUAGUGACAACGGGGAGAACAACCCUCUUCCAGACCGCCGCCCCGGAUCCCCCAGCAUGCCCCGGGCCAACCAGGAAGCUGACGUCUGGGAGGAGCUGGACCGUAACCGUAACCGCAUCAGGACCGCUGUGUGGAAGGCAGCAACAGAGGAGGAGCACAGCAACAACCAGGGGGGUCUCCAGAGCCCGUAUGCCAACCCCAGCCUGGGCUCCCCUGUCCGGGUACACUCUGAGAUGGUGGGGGUGUCAGGACAGGAUGGUGGUGGUCCUCUCCUCAGGAAGCUCCGUAACAUCCACAGCUUUGAGCUGGACAGGAGGCUGACCCUGGAGACCAAGCCCAGUCCUGAAGGGUUCAUGGAGGCGUGCUCAGGGAAUCAGCAGGAGGGCUGUGGGCAGCAGCAGGAGAAGGGCCUGGCUGUACCCACUGGAGGUGCCACAGGACCAGGGCGUGGUGGCACUGACCGAGUCUGGCACAACGACGAGGAGUUCCUAUCCGGUGGCGGUGCCAGCGGCUCACCCAAACCCGUCUCUCCUCACUCCCACAGGUCUCUGGAACAGGUCUCCCCCAGCAGCGGAGGCUUCGUGGCCCUCAACCUGAGCUCCGGCCAGGGGAAGGUGGACUCCAGGGAGUGGGUGAUGAUGGAGAGGCCCAGCGGGUCCCCAGGGACAGGAAUGGGGGAUAAAGCUACGACCAGCCCCUCCAAGGAGGAAGAAGAGGAGCUGGAGGUGCUGGAGGUACCCCUGGAGGCAGGAGAGGGGUCCACCGGGAACCCCAGUCCUGGUCAGGUCCAUGGGGACAGGGAUGGGGACCUCCAGGGGCAACCAGGCGCCAGCGGACAACCCCUCAGGGUGGACAGGCUGGAGCUGAGUGUGGGACCUACGGGAAGCCUGCCCCCCAUCACCCCCUCUAGCCCUGCUGAUGCCCUGGCUGAGGGAGCACUCACACAGUUCCCUACCUCUCCUCCAUCUGUGCCUGAGGAGGUGUUGGCCAGGAUGUCCAGUCCCCUGCUCCUGCGUUCCCCAAGCCCGCACACCCAGACCCUCCUCGCCACCCUGUCGGACCCCCUCCACCAGAGGGACCCCCCUGGGAUGAGUCGCAGCUACUCAGCUGACCACCACCACCAGUACCUCCUCCAUCCCACCUCCUCUUCCUCCUACCACGCCUCCCUACCGCCACCUCCUCACCCCGGCCUCGGUUCCGCCCGUAACCAAUCACCCUCCGGGCGCAGGAAACUGCCCGCUAUCCCGGCGGGCGCCGCCAGCAGCAAGUUCCCUUCCGUUAUACGCAUCACACGCGCCCAACUCCAGCAGCUGACUGCUCAGCAGUCCCAGUCUGGCUCAGACUGUGCUCCACAGUGCCUACAGCUGGAGAGACGAGGAGAUGCAGCAGCUGAGGCCCAGCAGCCCCAGGAUAAUACUGCUACCACUGACAUCUACAUCCCGCCCACCCCUAGCCACACCCCUAGCCAGCCCGGCAGCCCCACCAGCCUGGAUGACCUCCUGGCAGAUACCCUGAUCAACGGAGGAGACACCCAGACCUACACCAAAGCCCACAGCCCUGUGCCAAGCCGAGCAUCCUCUCCUCGCUCCCCCCAUUCUCCUCGCUCCCCCUGUUCUCCACGCUCACCCCGUUCUCCUCGCUCCCCCCAUUCUCCUCGCUCCCCCCGUUCUCUCACCACCCCCCGUUCUGUUCACUACCCUCGUUCUCACUCCCCCCGUUCUCCUCAUUCUCCACGUUCUAAUUCCCCUCGCUCCCCCCGUUCUCCUCAUUCUCCACGUUCUAAUUCCCCUCGCUCCCCCCGUUCUCCUCAUUCUCCACGUUCUAAUUCCCCUCACUCCCCCCGUUCUCCUCAUUCUCCACGUUCUAAUUCUCCUCACUCCCCCGUUCUCCUCAUUCUCCACGUUCUAAUUCUCCUCGCUCCCCUCGUUCUCCUCAUUCUCCACGUUCUAAUUCUCCUCACUCCCCCCGUUCUCCUCAUUCUCCACGUUCUAAUUCUCCUCGCUCCCCUCGUUCUCCUCAUUCUCCACGUUCUAAUUCUCCUCGCUCCCCCCGUUCUCCUCAUUCUCCACGUUCUAAUUCUCCUCGCUCCCCUCGUUCUCAUUCUCCACGUUCUAAUUCUCCUCACUCCCCCCGUUCUCCUCAUUCUCCACGUUCUAAUUCCCCACACUCCCCCCACAGCCCACUUAGGCCUAGUAAACGGCCAUCUAUCUCCCCCAGCUAACGGCCAGGGAGACGGCAGUGGCAGUGGAGCCUUCCCAGAGCUCAAAGACCCUGAGAGUGACCAACCCCAGCCAGACAGGGGAGAUGGGGUGGAGACCACUGACCAAACCCCAGCUCUGACCACCCCCUCUCCUCCACCCAGCCCCCGUAAGGACCCCUCCCGCAGGCUGAGCCGUAUACCCGUCCUGCUGGAGCUUCUCCCCACCCCUGGCUCUGCCAUGGAGAAGCUGCUCCAGAAGAAAGCCCCCCACCACCAGGGAGGAGGCCACCACCUAGCCCCCUCUCCCUCUAUCUCCCACCGCGGCCCCGUCGUGGUCUCGCUGCCCCGCGGGGACCAGCUGUCCUCUGCCUCAGACCGCUCUGAGAAGGCCGAUGAGUCGUUCCUGGGCUCACGCUCUGACUGCCAGGGGGAUGACGCCCCCUCCCUCUCCUCCUCUUCCAGCCCCCUGUUCCGUAAGAGCAAGAUCCCACGCCCCUUUAACCCUGCUAACCCGGCCCCAGAGCAGGAGAGAGCUGCACAGUACCUCCCACGCCCACCCCCGGGGAGACCACCCAGUCGGCUUGCAGCGGAGGGCAGACUGAAGCGUUAUCGGAUCCGAGCGGGCAGCACAAGCGACUCAGACCUCCUGACCUGUCUGUCCCAGCUGAUGCACCAUGGUCAGGGUGGUGGUUCUGCCCGCGGAUCCCCCCACCACGGCCACUCCUCAGCCCAGCUUGUAGGCUCCCGGAUGGGCAUGUGUAGCCUGACCAGCUCCCCCCACCACCAUCACCACCGGAGCUGCAGUGCCUCCCCACGCAGCUGUUCCUCUCUACAGCGCUCUGUCUCCUCCUCCCCCUCUCGCCACGAACACCGUGGGGGAGAGCGAGGCAGAGGGGUUUGUUUUGGUCGCUCCUGUUCUCCUCCCAGCUUCUCUGGGUCCCCCCCUCCUCCCCGGCGCUCCUACCCCCACCAUCAGGAGAGCUGUUGCGGCCGCCAGGCCCGCACCGGUUCCCACAACCACCACGCCCUCAAGUGGAAAACCUGCAGCCGCGAGGAGAGAGAGAGGAAGUGCUCCAGCAAGCUGAGCAGCAGAUAGUGGGUCAUUGCUCUGGCCCUGGUCCUAGCCUGACCCAUAGAAACCCCUGGGCCCGUUUAUUCAAGUGUCUCAGAGUAGGACUGCUGAUCUAGGAUCAGUUUGGCCUUUUAGGUAAUAAUGAAUAAGAUUACAUGGACAAUCGUAUUCAUUAUGACCUAAAAGGUUAGACUGAUCCUAGAUCAGUAGUCUUAUUGUGAGAUGCUUUAUGAGUAUGGCCUGGGAGUCAGUGUCAUUGCCACAGCAGAGGGUGGGAUCAGGAUGUUGAUCCAGACCAAACGAUCCUGAGGCUUCUGUCAGAGAAUACUGAACAUAAUGUCCCCUCUCCUCCCUUGUCAGUUUCUCUUUCUCUCUUUCACUUGUAAUCCUUCACACGUUCUUCUCUAAUUCCUACCAUUUGGUCAUUGUUUAGUCACUAAUUCAUAUGACCACUUUAAUAGUUCAUACCUAAUGUGAAAAAGAUCUAUGUGUAUCAUGCUGUGUAUGAGAUUUUGGUGUUCUUACCUGUGGGGUGUUUUCCCUCAUAUCAUCAGUGAAGUGAACACACUUAGCCCUCAUUCAGAAUACCUUAGGUCAGUCAGAGGAUGACCACUCAUUUAUUCAUCACUAACCAAUUUAAUAUAGACUCAGUCUAUUCUAUUUCCUCUGUACUGACCUGGGGAGUGCAAGGUAAAGCAGGUCUACAUUAACAGUGAGGGAAAAAGUAUUUGAUCCCCUGCUGAUUUUGUACGUUUGCCCACUGACAAAGAAAUGAUCAGUCUAUAAUU